UAUCAUUAUACUGUUAUGGAGGAACGUAAAGAAGCCAAUUCUCAAUCUUAUUAUUCAACAAAGACAUAUUUUGUUAUUAAAGUGAUGUUUAGAGCAUCCCUCCAAUUGUAGCGUAAAUGAACAGAUUUUUUCAGAAAAUUAAUAUUUUUACAAAAAGCAGACAAUGGUCGAAUUCGAACUCUAGCUCAAGCCAAAAAGUCAUUCUUUUUUUUAAUGGAAUCCAAAAAGUAGGCAUUCGUGAUUCUUUUAAUAAAUGGAAAAUUAGAGUUUUAUGUAUUUGCUAUUACUCUCCUUGUAAGUAUAAAAAUGAAAUAUUUUUAAUCAAGCAAAAAUAAAAGGAUGCCUUAAACAAAACAAAUAAUUUCAAAACUUUUGUUGCCAGAUGGUCACAGAACGCUGAUCUAACACUCAAUUAGGAGAUCAAAAGAGCUAUCCUUUUGUGGAUCAUAGCAAUAGUCUUUAUUUCUCAUAAUUUCCACUAUUGCUCGGCUUAUAAUAAAUUUGUUAGAUUUCUAUUAU